UAAUGGCGCAGACGUCGCCUUUGUCGCAUAAUGCAUUUUUCUUGCGGUCUUUGCACACUUGGAUGGUGACGUUGCGGUUGCUGGGUGAAGUGCGGGGUGGAAUAAUUAAUUGUUUUUCCCCCAAAUGACACUGAGAGACUCUACAGCUGAUCACCUUGAAGUCUAGUGGAAAUUAGCGAGAAGUUUCAACUUUUUUACUGCUUGCUUUAUACAUGUAAGCGGCUGGAUAAUUUCAAGAAUUUCUGAGCGCAAGUCACCAAACAACUAAGGUGAUGUCCGCGGCGCAGGGACAGACGAUCGCCGACCGGCUCAAUGCUGCCCGACACAGCCUCGCCGGCCAGGGGCUGGCCAAGGCCGUCUGCAAGGCUACCACAGAGGAGCUGCUCGGACCCAAAAAGAAACACCUCGACUAUCUCCUGCACUGCACCAACGAGCCGAACGUCUCCAUACCGCAGAUGGCCAACCUGCUGAUCGAGCGCACGCAAAACUCCUCCUGGGUGGUGGUGUUCAAGUCGCUCAUCACCGUUCACCACCUCAUGUGCUACGGAAACGAGAGGUUUACUCAGUACUUGGCAUCCAGCAACUGUAACUUCCAACUCGGCUCUUUCCUGGACAAAACUGGCGGCUAUGACAUGUCCACCUACAUUAGGCGAUACGCCAAGUACCUGAACGAGAAGGCCAUGAGCUAUCGCGCUGUCGCCUUCGACUUCUGCAAAGUCAAACGCGGAAAAGAGGAGGGUACUCUGCGCAGCAUGGCGGCGGAGAAGCUGCUUAAGACGCUGCCCGUGCUGCAGAACCAGAUCGACGCGCUGCUGGAGUUCGACUGCUCGCCCAACGAGCUGACCAACGGCGUCAUGAACACGGCCUUCAUGUUCCUGUUCCGCGACCUGAUCCGGCUGUUCGCCUGCUACAACGACGGCAUCAUCAACCUGCUCGAGAAAUAUUUCGAGAUGAACAAGAAGCAGUGUCGGGAAGGUCUGGACCUGUAUAAGAAGUUUUUGAUUCGGAUGGACAAGGUGGCCGAGUUCCUGAAGGUGGCGGAGCGUAUCGGUGUCGAUAAGGGUGAGAUUCCUGACCUGGCCAAGGCGCCGAGCAGCCUUCUGGACGCGCUGGAGCAGCACCUAGGUCACCUGGAGGGCAAGAAGGCGGGCACUGCCAACACCAGCAGGAUCAACAUUUCGUCGGCGGUGACGGCGCUGACGUCGACCAGCUCUGCGUUCGACAGCUCUGCCACCGGCGUCGACGAGGCGAUACGCUGGCAGGCGCUGGCAGAUGAGGAGGCUGCCCUCGAGCACCUCAAGGAGGAGCAUCAGAAGACCAACCCGUUCCUGAGCUCGCCGGUGUCGGAGGCGGCUCCGGCGGCCACCAGCGCCGCCGCGGCCACCACGGCCGCUCCGGCCGCCAGCUCGACCAACGGCAGUUCCAGUCAGGCGGCCUCCAUCAUCGACCUGUUCGGCAGCUCGGCGGCCCCGGCGCCGGCCGCCCCCGCCGCGCCGUCCAAGGCGUCUGAUGACCUACUCCAGCUGACCGGCAACCCGUUCGCCGACAUCAUGGCAGCCUCGCAGCCGACCGGGCCGCCGCCGCCGCCGCUAGCCGCCAUGAACGGUGCCGGUGCUAACAGCUUCAACCUGUUUGACUCGGCACCGAGCGCCGGGUUCGCCAACUUCGACAUGAUCCAGCCGUCGCAGGGAUACAGAGGCCCGAGCGUGUUCGGCGACGUGCUGCAGCCGACGGGCCGCGCGCCGGCGCCGGCCAUGGGCGCUCCGCAGGCGCAGCGGCCGCAGCCGCAGCCGAAACUCAUCAGCAGCGACCUGGACAUGAGUCUGCAGAGUCUGGUGCAGAACCUGGGCAUCUCGGGCGGCGGCGGUGCCCACACUGCGCAGAAGCCGAGCUGGGGCUCGCCUUCCAAGAACACGACCAGGACCGGCGGACAGAACUGGACCGUGCCGGCCGCCUCCGGGCUGACCGGCGCGCCACCGCGCCCCAUGGGUCCCGGCGCCAUGCCGCCGCAGCAGGGUCAGACUCCGUUCGGCAUGUACGGUGCCCCGCAGCCGGCGCCCGUGGGUGUGCCGGCCGCCAACCCGCAGGCGGCCGGCGCCUUCGAUCCGUUCGGGCAUUUGUAAGCGGGUAGCCCGCAGAGGUAGAUGGAACAGAACGGCGAAGGGACAGGACGAGGCGCGGCCGUCGCCGCCGCCGCCGCCGUCUAGGUUGUUGUGCGCGUGUUGUCGGGCCGGCGCCGCCUCUCAGUGUUGUCUGUCAGCCGUGUGUGUGCCCCGGUAGCUGCCCCGGCGGGUGCAGAGGCGCCGUCUGCGCCGUCCCCGUAGUGUGACGGUCGCCGAGCGGUGCGGUAGCGGCGGUCGGCGGCUCCCGCGGCCCGGCCGGUGGUGCCAGUCGAGAAUAGCACGGUGUGGAGGGCCUGUCGGCGGGGCCGGCCGGGCGGGCCGGUCCGCCGGGCUCCGGUCGGCUGCAGAGAGUGAAUGUACCGUGUCCGGUGCAGUCGCGCCCGGCGGCCCGGCCCGCCCCGACCGGCCCACCCUCGCCCGCCGGCCAAACGCCAGAGGCGCCAAAUGACGAACAACUGCCACCAAACCAGCAGCUGCGAACAGCCAGUGCAUGCCCCUACAGUUGUUAUACUAAAGUAAUCUAAAAUUGGCCGAGGCCCCAGUCCGCAAUACUACGGAAUAUAAUACGUGUUGUUGUGCAUUUCAGCCGUAUCUAGUGUGUACUCUGUGAGCCGCUGGGCAUGUUUUGUCGUUGGUAUGGUCUCUGGUCGAGUGGCCCCAACAUUCCAGAGCUGCGCGCCGCCGCGGUACAGCAUGUUUUUCGGCCGGACGCGCGCGCGCUCCGUCUCGACUCGCCGAUACACCGAGCUCUACUUAGGACGAACCGACUAGCUCUUCCCUGCCCUGACCGCGGCGCUGGUGAUAUAGGGGGCGCGCGCGGGUGUCUAGGCGGCAGUGGCCGGCCGCGCCCCAGAUCUGAGGUGUCUAGGCGGCGGCGGAGUGCUCGGCCGGAGGCAGAUGCAUUAUAUACAUACAUUAUUUCUGAUCGUGGUAGUAGCGUUGUCGAGUAUGGUUGUUACGUCAAUGGACCCACACAGCAAGCCGUCGUUUAUUUCCCUUCGGAGCCCUGUUUGUUACAGCAAUCUGCAUGAAAACGUCGUGCGUUAGUCGCGGUUGAAUUAAUCAAUUGGUAUGGCCAUAUGAAGUUACUAUCAUUCUGUCCGAUUCAUUGCAUAAGAAGUGGUGUUUUAGCACACGCAUAGAGUCAAUAAACUGCUAUUCGCUGUAUCAGCA